UUUUUUUGAAAUAUGUGAAUACACAAUAUUAUGCAAGUUUUUUUUGGGCUCUUUUGUUAAAAAAUUAAAUAGAAAUUUCUGCAAAAUUUUUAAGUAUUUUAAAAAACACAUUCUCAUAGACCAAAUCUUCUGCUACAUCUAGAAAAUACUGAAUUGUUGAAAUAUGAUGGUAGCAGACUUUAAAUGCAUUGUCCAACUGAACGACAAUGAAGCUGAACUGCUUGCUUACAAACAACGAAGACCCCACGGUCUAAAGCAGCGCGGGAAAGUAAAGCACAAGGUGGAACUGAUCGACCAAUACAGAUUGAUUCUAACAACAGAAGCUAAGCUUUUGGGUAAUCGCACGAAAAGUAUAUCGCGACAUUUUCGUUUCGAUCAUAUUGAUUAUGCAUCGAAGAAUGCGAUUAAGCAUAAGGUUUUUAAGUUAAUCGAUGAUGCAUUGACACGAAAGGAACCAUCAUGUUUGGUACGGUUUAGUACAUUGCGCGAAUGUCCAAUGGGUUUGAUGACUCACUUGUUGGUCACAAAAGUUGAGAAACGUGUUCGGGAUUUAAACAUGCACAUCUUGGCCAUAUCCAUUGAGCAGUAUAACAUAGAAAAGUAUAAUGCGGAAAGUCUCUUAACAGUUACAUAUGAUAAUAUGCCGCGUAUAUAUUUUCCAACUACAUUGGCUCUCUUAAACUGGUUGCAAGGUGAUUACUAUCGUUUGUGGCAAGCUGGCGGUGGACACGAGUGUAUGGAUUUUGAAUUCCAUUUGGCAGAUCUUGUAAACAGUAGGCGUGUCGUUAAAUUCUCUUUCCUGCAAUUCUAUUUUGAAAUAAUGGAUCGCGAUACAUACGAUAGCCUCAACAGCUAUUUCCUUAAUAUGGGAACUAAGAAGAAAACAAAAAAUUCAAUGAUUACAUCUUGUUUGAAGAACUAUUUUAGUGCACCAGUUCCAUGGACUGUUUGGUUAUUGUUUGAUGUGUUAGUAGAAAAUAAUGGUACCUGUCAUGCAGAGGAUUUACUAGACUUUGCAAAUGUUGUAGCCACUACUUUGGCGGUUUGCAAGGUAGAUCCAAAAAAAAAUGAAAUGAAAAAUCAAAUUAAACCGACUGACCCAUUGGAAUCAUCAACAACAAUCGCCAAUGAGAGUCAAACUGCAUCAACGAGUACACAAAUUAAUGUAGAAGAUAAUAUGUCUUAUGUCAAAUCAACUACAAUUCUCGACAAUAAUAAUAAAAACAUAGCUGAAGGUGAAAGUAAUAAACAAAAUGAACUGAAGAAGAAGAAGAAAAUCGAACUGGUAGAAUUGGAGAAGCAAACCGCUUCAAAAAGUGUUCAAUUUAAUUCAGACGAUAGCAUGCGUUUAACCAGUUCAAUCACAGUUAUAAAGGAUAAUAAUAGCACCUUUAGUGACCGUGAAAGUUUACUUUUAAUUCCCCGGUCUGAAGAUACUCAAAGCAAUGACGCAAUCAAUGCAAUAUCGAAUAUUGAAUCCAAGCAAUUGAUAUCAAAUGCUACCAGCUUACCUCAAUCUUUUGGUUAAGCAAAAUUGGGUGCUGAAAAUAUGGUGGAUGCAAAACUGAAGAACAAAAAAGUUUCCUAUUUUCCUAUUCACAUUCACAUCUAACAUUCAAAUCAAUCUGUUAAAGUUUUCGACAACUAGCACCCGAUCGAUGUCAUUCUCUGUCAACCAUUAUUUAUUCAUAUAUUUCAACUGUCUUCUCUAAUUUAGUAGAAUAAUAGUAAUAACAUCAUAAGAACACAAGUAAACUACAUAGUAUGAAAUUAAAAGUAUAUAAAUAAAAAUUUAGAGAUGCAUAUAUA